AUGGCAAUUAAUGGGCUACAUGCCGUCUGGCUUCGUUUUUACGUUGCAGGUGGAACAAGGCCGAACGACAGGAACUUCUUCACAAUGCCUCAUCGCAACUGGAAGCUGUUAUCCGUCGCUCCGUUACCCCUCGAGCAACAAAACCAGUACACCCAUCAAUGUGAUACAUAUCCUAUGGAAGCAAUCGUCACUGCACAAGCGAACUGUACCACCGAGACACCCUCGAUUAUCUCCUUCUCAACGCCAAUCGAUCAGGAAGGACAUGAUCCAGGGGAGCGGAAGAAGCUAUACGAAUUCACAGUGUACAACAUCUCAGACUUAAGAGUGGUUCGGCUUUCAGAGAUCCACUCGGGAGCUAUGCCACCUACGACCACCCUCUUCAUUCUCGACGGUGCACAGCGGCGAUUCGCUUCACCAUGCCCAUCGGUUGGACUAUCCUCUGCGCUGGCCACCUCUAACUCGUCGGAGCUGGAGCGUGCAUUUGGGGACCAUGCAUGCACAUAUGCAUCAGGCAGUUACGGGGAAGAUCCUUAUCUCACAUUUACCUUCAACACUACCACUCCGAAUGGAUCCAAGAUCACUCACCUUCGUGCGGAGCACCUCGAAUGGAACUUUCCUGAUGAUGCGCCUGCACUCUCAUUGCGCCGACUCGUUGUCGAACAAGAUGAAGAGCGCAUAGGCGACCAUGUAAUUCGUACUGCCCUUACCAAAAGAAACCACCCGUAUAUUGAAAAGAAACCUCAGUUCUCUUCCUCCAACUCGGGCCUGAAGGAUCGCUUCCCUGAGUCUGAGGAUCAAGCGCGCAACUGGGUUCUUUUGACAGUCGAAGACGGAUUUGGUCCCGCGGACUACAGUAUCCAAGUGGCCAGCAUCGUGAUCCUUUACUACGACUACAUCCUCACCCUUCCCGACGAAAUCACCUACAUCUGGACAUUGUCAAGGAAGACUACGACCACUCUUACGCUUCAUGCGGAAUUGGUCUCACACAAUCCUCCUACCAACGGCUCACAUUUCACUGGCAGCUGCUCCGGCGUGAAUCACGCUGCCGGUAUUCUCUCGAUCUUCGGACACAUUGGCAUCAUGUCUGUAUGGGGACUACGAACCUGUGCGAUCUAUGCUGGGAAUCGAAUCGUUGCCGGAGUACUGGGAGGAUUGGGAUUGGCCACCCUCGCCUUACGAAUCGCAAACGAAACAUUUGGUCGUUGCUCCAGUGCUCGUAAAUCAGCACUACACACUCAGCAUUUUUUGCGUUUCGUUUACGCUUACACCUUUGCAGGCAUUCUGUACAUCGCCGCUGUGCUGGCACUUUCAAUCCUGACCGCCAUCUUCAACCUGGCUUUCGGGACUGCUCACGGCUCGAUUCCUGCUGAAACUUCGACUUUGGGAACGCGAUUCACAACUUACAACGACGGACUGGUCAACCUCGAUUUCUUUCCAGGUAAACACCCUCCAGGCCGAAUACCAAGGCGCCUCGCAAGGUCAAAUCCCGACAAUGCAGUCAUCAGUGCCUUCUAA